AUGCGUUUCUGGAAAGAUCACCCUAAGGAGAUACAGCCCGACCCUGACUUCCCUCCUUGGAAGGGUAAGUCGACUGCACCGCCUGUUACCGCCGCCAGUCUCGCUCUGCCAUCAGAGAUCGCGGCAAGAACGCCACCAGCAUCAAGAGAUGAGCACAAGCCUGUAAGCACUGUCUCCUUAAGCCCAGACUGGCAAGCAGGAUGUCUGUUCCUCCUCGUUUGGCGUUGUCCGAGUAACGGCGGCCCAAAUUAUUGCGAGAUUCAGACGAUCUAUAGCUCCACUGGAACUCAAGUCCAUUAUCUAACAGUCGUAAAGAAGCAUCGAGGAUUUUGGAAGAAGGCGCUGGGUCUGGGAAGCACUACGCCUCCGCCGCCAGAUUCCUACCUGUAUGAUCCUCGAGCUGAGAGAUUCCAGAAGAUGAGAGCCGAGGCCAAGAAACUUCGCAGACCCAAGGAUACGGGACGCGUCUUUGACUGUCGAGGCAAAGAGAUCACUGGACAGAUACCAUCGCGCCCUGCGUCAUUCGUUCCCAAGUUCAACAGAAGCGAUUUUCCCCCUAGUCGUCCUCCUAGGGCAGAACCGACAAGACAAGACUUCCGGAUAGGGGCAGGAGUUGGUGGCUCUGCUGGUGGCUCUGCUGGUGGUUCCGCUACGCCCAAGAGAGAAGAGCUCGCUUGUCUGGACGAGCAUCGUCGUGAGGUUGAUUCUAGUGCUGUGCAGAAAACCCCUAGAUGAUGCUCCGAUAUUCUUAUGAAGUCACAACCACGGAUAACAUUGCGUGCAUAAGGGGACCAGGUCCGCAAAGCGCCGUCUCCGGGU